AAGAACGGGCGCAUGUCGCCGUCCUUGUUCUUGAUGUUGGCGGCGAGCGCGAUGGGGGGCGGCAGGAGCGACGCCGCAUUCGACGUCGGGAGGUUCAAGUCUGGGAACAUGGCGUUCCCUGAGCCGAUUCAUAUUCAGUUGCCCGAUCUGCGCAAGCUGGAACGAACGUUCAUUGAGAUUGGUCCUCUUUGCAUCCGAUCUGGGCAUGGCCUAAUGCUUGCAGGAGCUGGUUGUGGGGUGGGGAUGGGAAUCGGCGUUGGUUUCCCGUUGACAGGGGCAGGAGGAGGGUUCGACAGCGUCGCGAUGUCGCCGCUAGGAAGGAUCUUGUCGCAGCUGCCCGGAGGAUACACCAUGAUGGACCUGCUGCGGAAGGCGCUUCGAUACUUCCCUUCGGCGAGAGUCGGAGGAGGAUGCGGGAUCGGCUGCGGGUACGGAGUGGGGGUUGGGAUCUUCUCCUCUGGAGGCUCAUCCAUCAUGCCAGUGAGGGAGGAGCAGGUUGACGCCAUGCAGGAAUUGAGGACAAGGUUGGAUGCUCUGGAGACUCGGGUUGAGCAGUUGGAAUCCCGUGCGAGUGAAACAAAGAGCAAGAAAUAGC